GAAGCAGUUGAUCAAGACGAUGAAUCUUCAGAGGAUUCAUCAGAAGAGGAAGAUGAAGAGUCGUCAGAAGAAGAACGCAGCAAUCGUGAAUCAAAAGACCAGGUGCAAGAAAGAGUUCGAGCUCGUUUCAAGGUCUGGAAAAGGCGCGAAUUGGCUGAAGCCAAACGUUCAAUAGAUAAACUUCGUGCCCCAGUUAUUUGUGUUCUUGGUCAUGUUGAUACAGGGAAAACAAAGAUGCUUGAUACGAUUCGUAGGACAAACGUACAAGAUGGUGAAGCUGGUGGUAUUACUCAACAAAUUGGCGCUACUCAGAUUCCAGCUGCAGCAAUAAAGGAACGGGUUAAGUUGGUUCGAGAUUUUAACGCUGAAAAUAUUAAAAUUCCUGGAUUUUUGGUCAUUGAUACUCCUGGUCAUGAAAGUUUUUCCAAUCUUCGAGCUCGUGGUUCAUCUCUUUGCGAUUAUGCCAUUCUUGUUGUUGACAUAAUGCAUGGAAUCGAACAGCAAACGCUUGAAUCUUUGAAAUUAUUGUUAAAAAGACGAACACCUUUUGUAAUAGCUCUUAAUAAGAUUGAUCGUCUCUAUGAGUAUGCAUCGAAUCCUCGUAAAGAUGUUUAUCAGCAUCUAAAAUCUCAACCAAUUAAUACUCAAUUCGUUAUUACCACUGUUUUUAAAUUAUUGCUCAUGGUACCUACCUCAGCAUAUUUAGGUGAUGGCAUUGGUAAUCUUAUGGCUUAUAUAGUAAACGAUUCAGAAACAAGGCUUGCUUCACAACUAUCAUUCAGUGACGAAUUAGAAUGCUUUGUUAUGGAAGUAAAAUCGAUACCGGGUUUGGGAACGACAAUUGAUGUAAUACUGGUGAAUGGAAAAUUAACAGUUGGUGAUAUUAUCGUCCUAACUGGUACUGAUGGUGCAAUUAUAACUCAAAUUCGUGAACUUUUAAUGCCUCAGCCUUUGAAGGAAAUUAGAGUAAAGGUAAGCUAUAUAUUUUUCCAGACCGCUUAUGAACAUUUCCAAUCAAUUCAAGGCGCUCAAGGAGUUAAAAUUAUGGCGAAAGGUCUCGAAAAAGCUGUGGCUGGUUUACCACUAUUUAUUGCUCAUAAGGAGGAUGAAAUAGAUGUUUUGAAGGAAGAUGCUGAGGCGCAGCUUGCUAAUGCGUUAAUGGCAAUUAAGAAAAAGCCAGAAGGUGUUUAUGUACAGGCUAGCACGCUUGGGUCUUUGGAAGCAUUGCUGGACUUUUUAAGGACUCAAAAGAUACCAUAUUCGAAUGUAAAUAUUGGCCCUGUUCACAAAAAAGAUGUUCAAAAAGCAGCAGCUAUGUUAGAACGAAAAGAAGAAUAUGCAUGCAUUCUGGCAUUUGAUGUUCGUGUUGACCGCGAAGUCGAACAAUUCGCAGCUAAUGAAGGCGUUCAUAUUUUUACUGCGGACAUUAUUUAUCAUCUUGAAGACAACUUUUUAAAAUAUCGGGAAGAACUGCGGUUAAAAUAUCGGCGUGAAAAUGAACAUUUGGCUAUAUUUCCGUGUAAGCUUCGUAUUUUGCCGCAACAUAUAUUCAAUGCCAGAAAUCCUAUUGUUAUUGGUGUUAGUAUAGAAGCAGGUCAAUUGAAACGUGGGACACCGCUAUGUGUGCCUUCCAAAGAUUGUAUUCAACUUGGAACAGUUGCAAGUAUAGAACGUAAUCACGAACAAGUUGAGCUUGCAAAGAAAGGAGAAGAAGUUUGCAUCAAGAUCGAAAAUACUACGGGUGAUGCGCCGAGAUUGUACGGCAGGCAUUUUGACCAUACAGAUAUUCUUGUGAGUAAAAUUACUCGCGAAACAAUUGACGUUUGCAAAAACCAUUUUCGUAAUGAUUUAUCUUUAAACGAUUGGCAACUUAUUGUGGAAUUGAAGAAAACAUUUGAUAUUAUGUAA